AUGCCAGCAUCGAUCCAGAUAGUGACAGCACUCGUGGCAGCCCUGCACCUUGCUGCACUGGAGGUGGCCGCUGUACAACGUCAACCACCAAACAUUGUCUUCAUCCUCGCCGACGACUUGGGCUGGGCCGACGUGAGCUUCCACGGCUCCAGCCAGAUCCCGACUCCCAAUAUGGACGCCCUGGCUGCGGACGGCGUGGUGCUGAACAACUACUACGUCCAGCCCAUGUGCACUCCGUCGCGGGCAGCACUGAUGACGGGACUCUAUCCCAUACACACCGGGAUGCAGAGCCUGGUGAUACAGGUGGCCGAAGCCUGGGGGCUGCCGCUUCAGUUCAAGCUGAUGCCGCAGUACUUCAAAGACCUCGGCUACGCCACUCACAUGGUCGGUAAGUGGCACUUGGGUUACGUGCAAGACGAGUACACCCCAACGUACCGAGGCUUCGACAGCUUCUACGGCUACUACAACGGCGAAGAGGACUACUUCAACCACACCAUCAGAGAGGGUGAUCACGUUGGUUUGGACUUCUGGGAAGGUGUCGGCAGUUCAAACAACGACAGUGGCCGCUAUUCCACGACUCUGUUCACGGACAAGGCGGUGAAUCUGAUCAAGGCUCACAACGCGUCCGAGCCCUUCUUUAUGUACCUGAGCCACCAGGCGCCGCACGGAGGCGUCGAAGUUCCACUGGCUGCACCCAAGGAGAACAUCGACAAGUUCUCCUACAUCGGAGAGGAGAACCGCACCGUGUACGCUGCCAUGGUAGACGUGCUGGACGAGUCGGUCGGCGCAGUGGUCGAAGCCCUCGAGGAGGCGAGUAUGCUGGAAAACACGGUGGUCGUGUUCAGCAGCGACAACGGUGGCGCCCCGCUGGGACUUCACGCCAGCCGCGGCUGCAACUGGCCCCUGCGUGGCUCUAAGGGCACCCUGUGGGAGGGCGCCUCCAGGGCAGCCGCCUUCCUCUGGUCGCCGCUGCUCGCCACACGCGGCAGGGUGUCCCAGCAGCUCAUGCACGUCGCCGACUGGCUGCCCACGCUCUACGCGGCCGCCGGCGGUGACGCAGCCAAUCUGGAGCACUUGGAUGGCAUCGACAUGUGGAGGCACCUGUCGGAGGAUCUUCCGUCUCCGCGCACCGACAUCCUGUACAACAUCGACCCCGUGAGCAACACGGCUGCGCUGCGAUACGGUGACCACAAGAUCGUGCUGGGAGCGCCGCCCGCUGGCAGCUCGGACGAACGCACCCCGAUUCCGGGCAGUGCGAGGUCCGACGAUGACCUGGGCGAACUGACGUCACGCUCCCAGGCAUCCGAUGCCCUGCGACGUCUCUACAACAACGCCAGCAGCGCCGUGGCGUCCAUCCAGUGGCGCCAGAAUGCGUCGGUGCUGUGUGACGAAUCAGGCGAACCUUCCAACUUCGUCAGCGGGGCACCGCCCUACCUUUUCGACUUGUCCAGGGACCCUUGCGAACUGCACAACCUCGCGGACACCGAAACAGAGCUGCUGGCAUCGCUGAAGCGAAAGCUGGAAGAGUACGAAGCAACGUCCAUGUCACCGAGGCUGAGACCGCUUGACCCGAAAGCCUUCCCCGAACAGCACGGUGGUGUGUGGGCUCCCUGGGAGUGACGACGCUGGAGGGCGCCUCUUUCCUAUCCGCUCUCAUUAAGCCACUUUUGUCGUCUAUUCUUCUCCGAGGAGUACAGUUGUUUUGGCUGUGUUUGCGCUUAGUGUAAACCGUAAUUGCGCAUGCAGAAUUCACCGAGAGCGAUCCAAAUCGAUUUCUCCCUUUCACUCGUUUUCUUUUCGUCGUGCCAGCAUCACCAUCCGUUCAACGAUGUCCCAUUCUGGUGAUAAUGUAAAGAUUCUAACAUUUACGGUUCCGACUGACAGUUGGACUUAACGUACAAUCAAUUACUAGAUCAGUCAAGUAACUCCUGAAGCAAAGACGUUAAUGAUGACAGCGUAAGGUGCCGCGUGAUAUUGUCUUAAGAACGGCACCUAACUGGGCUGGUUGGUACAUGAUUAAGACGGGAACAAACAGCGCUACACAUGGACGGAAAAUGACAGACAAAGGCACUGUCGUUCUUUCGUUAAACCCAAGAGUUAGAGACUUCGUGGCAAGCUUGCUGCACCAAUAGUGGACGGUUUACCGCACUGUAUCGCUACGAUUCGGCCCUCAUAUGGUGGGUAAAUUUGUAACAGUGACAGCUACGGUUUGUCCACGACGCAUUGUACUAUCGCAAGCAGCCGAAAUUAACGCAUCAGAAGGAACAUCUUCCCAGAAAUCAUUUCGUAUUUUUGUACCCAUCUGGGAGCCCACGUUGUCAUUUUCAAUUCCAAAAGACAAAAGCUGUAAUGAAAAGUUGGCAUAAAAUAAAAAUGGAUGCUUAAGACUUUGUAAAGCGAAUAAUUAUACAAUCUGCCGGAAUCUCGCAAGGCACGCAAAAACAACUGUGCUCCAUUCCUUCCUCCACGAUUACUACCAGUCGCUGUCAGGGUAACUGAUCCUAUAUAGCAACACCUUAGCAUGUCUGUCUUUAAUUCUUUGUUCUGUUACAUCUGGUGGUUGAUGUAUACUUUCUUGAACAUGAAAUAUACACUCUUUACUCUGU